AUGCUGCUCUGGGUGUUCUUCCUCAUGAUCCUAGCCUUCAGCAGUGGCUCCCACUGCUCCUUGCCCUCCCCGACCCUCAGGAUGCCACGGUAUGCCGACACCAUCUUCAUCAACAGCUUCCGGAAGGUGCUGGCCCAGCUGUCUUCCCGCAAGAAAGUCCAGGACGCCAUGAGCGGGCAGGAGGGAGAGAGAAACCAGGAGCAAGCAGCAAAGGCACGGCUUGGCCGCCAGGUAGACAGCAUGUGGGAAGACCAAAAGCAGCUGGCCUUGGAGAGCAUCCUGGUGGCCCUGGCGAGGAAGCACAGCAGGAAUUCCCAGGGAUGA